CUGGCACCCAGACGGACGCACACACGGAAGCACACACGCGCACACCCGGCCACCCAGCCCACGCGCCGCGCACACAGGGGCGCACGCACACACCGAGGCGCACGCACACAGAGAAGCGCGCACAGACACGGUGCGCUCCCUCGGCGGAAGCCAGAUGUUCUUCUCCUAACCUAGGGAGAGCGGUCCCGGCCUUGGGGCCGGCCCCGUAUCUCCCGCAGCCCUCCAGGAGCUCUGGUCCAGGAUGGGGCCGUCCCCGGGCUCCCCGCCGUCCCUGCUGCCUGCCGCCGCCCUCUGCCUCCUUUCCUGCCUCCUGUCUGCACCUCGGGGCCACGCGUGCCCGGCGGGCUGUGUGUGCGCGGACUCCCAUACCGUGGACUGCCGGGCCCGAGGGCUGCCCAGCGUGCCGAGCGCCUUCCCCCUGGACGUGCGGAAGCUGCUGGUGGCCGACAACCGCAUCGAGGCCAUCCCGGCUGACUUCUUCAUCUUCUACGGCGACCUAGUCUACCUGGACUUCCGAAACAACUCUCUGAGCUCGCUGCAGGAGGGCGCCUUCAGCGGCUCCGCCAAGCUCAUCUUCCUGGACCUGAGCUACAACAACCUGACCGAGCUGGCCGCCGGCACCUUUCGCUCGGCCGGGAAGCUGCUCAAGCUCAGCCUGGCCAACAACCGCCUGGCCGGCGUGGACGAGGCCGCCUUCGAGAGCCUGGAGUCGCUCCAAGUGCUGGAGCUCAACGAUAACGACCUCCGGAGCCUCAACGUGGCCGCCCUGGCCGCCCUGCCCUCCCUUCGGACCCUGCGCCUGGACGGUAACCCGUGGCUUUGCGACUGCGGGUUCGCCCAACUCUUCUCUUGGCUCCAGGACAACGCGUCCAAGCUACCCAAGGGCCUCAAUGAAAUUCAGUGCUCCCUGCCCAUGGAAAACAGAAGAAUAUUCCUGCACGAAUUGUCCGAAGCCAGUUUCAGUGAGUGCAAGUUCAGCCUCUCCCUAACAGACCUCUUCAUCAUCAUCUUCUCAGGCGUGGCCGUGUCCAUUGCCGCCAUCAUCUCCAGCUUCUUCCUGGCCACUGUGGUCCAGUGCUUCCAGAGGUGUGCUCCCAACAAAGAUACAGAAGAUGAAGAUGAAGAAGAAGAUGAUUGACCUAGAAACUCCUCACACUUAAUGUCUAAGGACCCAAGCCAGGAAUCCAUCUUAGAGAAAAGAAGGGAAAAUGGUGGCAACUGGAAAGUUUUGUCUGCCAUCAGCACAAGUUCAACAAGACCUUUCUCACUCCUCUAGACCUUGAGGUCUCAGACCCUGUUGGCAGUGGUUGAAGGAUUUUAUUCUCAGGAUUUUGAAGUCAAAAGAAAAUGAGAGGCUCAGGAAACAAUGAGGUAACCAUUGUAGUGUUGCCCAGUCUCUAAGAAAAGCCAUGCCCUGGCCUGGGUCUGCAAGGAGAGAGAGCAAAGGUCAGAGUAGGCUUCCUGCCUGAGGAUGAGGAGACCCAACCAGGAAAUAAGAAGACUCAUAGUCUUUGACUAGAAUAAUGAUUUGAGUUCAUUCAUUUCUCACUGACCUUACUGGGGUAUUAGCCAUGAUGAGGUGGGACCAAAACGUUUUCCACCUCCCAAGUGACAGUUUGGGGUUCAAGUCCAGAGCCAGACUGAUUAAAGAACUGUGGUUUGUAGUCAUGAAGUGAUGGGUUUGGCUCCUGCCUCAGACACAUACUAAAUGUCAGUGGAUCUCCCUAAGUUUCAAUUUCCUCAUCUGUAAAAUGGGGAUGAUCACAGCUCCUACCUCACAGGGUUGUUGUGAGGGUCAGAUGGGAUAAUGUGUGUCAAGUGCUUUGCAAACUCUAAGCCACUUUUAUAAAUGUUUGAUAUUAUUAUUGUUGUUCCAUGCUGAGUAGCAGAGAGCCUGCUUCAGAAUCUAGAAGAUCUAGGUGCUAGCCUUACCUCUAGCAGGCACUGACAAGGGACUUAGCCUCUCAAUGCCCUAGGCAAGUCUAUUAGUCUUGGGGCAGGUGGUAAUCUGCACUGGAAGAGAAAGUUAUUUCCCAGAGGUUCACAACAGUGAUGAAAUCACAAGCCUGAUCCCCCCAAAGAAAUUAUUAUGGUUAUAUUUCUCAUUGGAGGCAAGAAGUAAACAUAUUUUUUUUAAAAAAUAAGCCACAAGAGCCAGUUAAUGACUUGAGCUAAUGGUUUGGAUUCUGAAAUCUAGCAUUUUAAAGGGAGAACAAAUGAGCCACUGAUCAUAGCCAAGGAAAAGUAGCUAAGAAACGCCAGUACCAUCUAAUAGCUUGGGGAUGGGGAAAGAAUAUAUGAAAGGAGAUUAGAUGAAAUCAGUGAAACUCUCCUCAUCUAUAAAAUCAAUUUGUAGAAUCAAGGAAAUACAGGGCAAUUUCCCCCAGAAGGAUGCCCCCCCUUCUAAAACAUAAUGACAUUUUAGCACUUAUUAGUGGCAACAGGACUUAUUAAGUGCUAUUGUAUGCCAGGCAUUGGUUUAGUUAUCAGAGGUAUAAAUAAAAGGCAGAAAUGAGACCCUGUUCUGAAGGAACUCACUUUCUAGUGGGAGUAACAAUAUGGAAACAAGAAUGUACAAACAAAGUCUAUAAAAUGGUGAUGAUCACCAAAGGGAUGGCAUGAGCAUUAAGGGGGAUUGGGAAGCAUUUCUUAUAGGAGGUAAGAUUCCAUUUGGGAAUCCAAGAAGGAAGCCAGAAGGCAGGAGGGGGGGCAUUCCAACUAUGGGGGACAGCCAGUUUAAAGACUUAAAGGUCAGAGAUGGAAUGUCUUGGGGGAGGAACAACAAAGAGUUGUUGAAGAGGAAUAAGAUAUAAUAACACUGGAAAAGUAGGAGAGAGCCAUGUGAUGAAGAGCUUUAAAUGCCAAACAGCCAUUUUCCUGUACCGUCCAUUUUCAUGCCAUCAUUCUUGAUUAUUUUCCUACUUGCCUCACAAAAUGUCCUGAAGAUAAAUAUUUUAACACCUUCAGAUUCCACAAAAUCACAUAUUCUCUUGUGGUUCAAGACCGGAACUUUUUCCAAAAACCAUCUUACAACCAUCAGAAACUAUGGCCAUCCAUCAGGAAGAUUGGAAGGUUCUUUGGAGAUACUUUCUUGGUGUUACUUUCUCAUUCAUGGGAUGUAAUUUCCACCUGUCACAGAGGUUGUGAAAGUGAACUUAUUUUUCCUAGGUAUAUUGGGGAAGAAAAUUAUUUCAAUAAAGUUAUUCUGUUAUGAGAGACAGGUAUUAGAACAGCCACCCCGAGCUGAAGGGAUUCUUGACCAAUUUUCUAUAGUGCUCCAUCUUGUAUUUUUCUUUAUUCAUUGGUUCUCUAUAUUUUUUUUCUCUCUUCCAUUUACAUCCUUCUCUCCUCAAUUAUCUAAUUAUAAUUAUGGAUUUUUUUUGACUAGGGGCAGAAUUGGGACUUAGUGUGGGAGGUGAGACCAGACAACAGUUCAGUGGAAGAAGAGUUGAGGUUUUGAGUGGAUCUAAAGCUCAGUAUGUAUCAACAGUGUGAAAUGACAGUUGAGAAAGCUAAUGUAACUUCAAGGAGUUUACCGAUUAUAAGGAUUGUUUGAGGGGAAAGGAAAAAUUAACAUAAACAUUUUGAGAUCCCUUAAAAGUCUAUAUAGAUGUCAUUAUUUAUGUCAUUUCAUCCCAUGCCAGUUUCUAUAUGAUUUACUAGGUCAUCUUUAAGAUUGGUUGUAACUGAGAAAUGUAUCAUCCUCCUCCAGCAUGGAUGUGAACUUCUGGAAGUCUUUAAGGUUGGUGCUGGGAUGGCAGAUGUAGAAUCCCAUCGUGGACCUGCCGCCAUCACUUGUACCACUGGUUAGUGAUAUACCAUAAAACUGCAACUGAUGAUCAGCCAGUUCUGAAAAGCUCACUGGGCAGUUUUGGUAGAAACAUUUAUUUUUGCCUUUAAUUGUAAUGUAAUUGUUUUCAAUGUGCAUACAUAAUUAAAGAUCAUAUUUUAUUUCUAUUAAUAAAGUCCUAGCAAGAAAACAAUAGGAAAAAGCCUAUUAAAAAGAGAA